ACAAUGAAGUCAUCUCGCCGCGGGGAUGGUAAUAUGGUGAAUUCGAGUGUGUCUCUCUUAUCAUCAUCCGUUUAAAGUACAGCUGAUAAAGAUUUUCCAGCAAUCGCGUCCUUGUGGUCCCUGCAAUCCGAUGCGAAUAAUGUUUAGCAAAAAUAAUUUGGAGGACAAAAUAGCCAAAUACAAUACCGACGAGACGAAAGGGAGCAAAAAACCUAUCUGAAAGCAAGGAAGAGGUGUAAUUUAGAUGGAUCUCAAGUCAAAGAAUGCCUCAGCUCCUAAGGCCUCCAGGAAGAGGAAAGGUUCAAGGGCAAACCCCAAAGGGAAUGGACAAGACUCCAGCAGCAAUAUGGACAAGAAGUGUAAAUCAAAAGUAGAGAGUGCAUCGAAGUCUGACAAGGCAGAGCAGCAGAAGGUGCAAAAGAUAAAGAGAACGUAUGAAAGAAAAUCGUCCCAGUGCCCUGUGCCUCUGCCUACGGAGGUCUCCACCAGUAGGGCGUCACACCUCGCGCUGGCCAAUGGCGGCGAGGGCUCUGCUAGUACGUUAUGCCAAGCAGAGGCAAGGAGUGGAGGGUCCCGCUUGGAGACAGGACCAGAUACCGUGGCCAAGAGAAGGCGCAAGGCUGGGCGAGACGGCAAACUUUCCAGAGCAGCUUUGGCUGAUGCAGAAAAACAGUCGGCUCCUCCGGGACAAAACCAGAGGCCCCAAAAUGCGGAAAGAACCCGAGAACCAAUGCCCAAAGACCGAGCGUCCAAGAAGAGUCUUCCAGUCUACACUCCUGGGAGCCAGGAAGAGCAGUGGAAUCUCCAGAUUGUGGACAAAGGACGGGUCACGUGCCCAAGGUGCAAAACCGUCAGCAGGAAAACUGUAGAUGGCUUGAAAAAACACAUGACAAACUGCAAAGUGAAUCCUUUUACGUGUCAACACUGCGGAAAGCAGUUAAAGUCGUUGACGGGCAUGAAGUACCACAUCAUGGCGGACCACAACAACAUGCCCAUGUCAGAGGACAACGAACAGGAUGACCAGUCUGUGAAGGAAAAUCUCCGAAAGGUGCUAAAAAGGAUGGGGAAACUGAAAUGCUCGAAUGAGGGAUGCAGUGGGAGUUUCACCAGCAUCACAGGCUACUUGUACCACAUGAAGAAAUGUGGCAAGGAGGAGUCCGAGCUGGAGAAGCUGGUGCUAAACUGCAGACACUGUGGGAAGGCCUACAGGUCCCGAGCCGGCCUGGAGUACCACGUCAAGUCUGAACACAGCCCGAGUCCACUGAAGGCCCAGGAUGAUGAAAAGAUCCCACCAAAACAGGAACUGGACCCAGAAAGGACCCCUAGCGGGAGGGUGAAGAGGGUAUCCGCCCAGGUAGCUAUCUUCCACCUGCAGGAGAUUGCCAGUGAGGAGCUGCUGAAGGAGUGGCCCAAGAGGAAGGUGCAGCAGGACCUGGUCCCAGAUGACAAGAAGCUCAAGUAUGCGCGACCUGGACUUCCUGCUUUCAGUCAGGAAGUUCUCCGCAAGUGGAAGAAUGAAGUUAAGCUCCAACACAGAGUGCAGUGUCCAAACCAGGGUUGUGACUCUGUCUACUCCAGUGUCUCUGGGCUGAAAGCUCAUCUUGGACUCUGCUCAAGGGGAGACUUUGAGGCAGGGAAGUACAAAUGUUUGAUAUGCGAGAAAGAAUUCAGCUCAGAGAGUGGGGUGAAAUAUCAUAUCAACUCCAUCCAUUCCCAGGACUGGUUCAUUGUAAGUUCUAAACCCUCUAAGAGCUUUGAGAAGCUCCGGAAGAGGAAACCCAAGGAGGACCGUGUUAAAGCCAGCGCGGAACAGAACCCAUCCCUGAGGUUCACUCCAGAGCCCAAGGGCUGGCCGGAGAGGAAGGCCAAAGCUGGCCCUGUGUCCAGUGUGAAGGCAACGCCGGGGACCAUGGAGGGAGAGCGGAAAUCAAAGGAGGCGCCGGGCGGCCGAGAGAAGGACUGCUACGACUUCAGCGGGAGCGACAGCCCCAGCAGUAGCUCCAGUUCCAGCAGCUCAAGCAGUGAGUCCGAGGCCGACGAGCCCGAGCCCCCCAAGGUUGACAAGUGGGCCUUGAAGAGGCCUGUGGCCCAAUCCAAUACUGCUAAACAGGCCAAGAGCACCUCCUAACUCCACCCACAGGUCACUGUGGGAACUACGUCCCUGGAUAUUCUGACUCCUAAAAUCCUAUAAGGUCCCUUUAUCCGUGUCACUUUUAAGGUGCUGCUUAAUACCGCGGUAACAACUAAGCUCAUUAUUCAUUAUCUGUUGCAAAUUCUGGGUAUUACAAUAUGGAAGUUUCAUCUUAUUUUGACAUCAUGUCUGCCUACAGGAAAGUAGUUGAAAAAUAAAAUUGAAAAUCUCAUACAAAUUUGUCAGCUAGGUAGUUUAAAUCCUUUCCUCUAACGCAACAGUUGUGUAAAGAUUAGUAUAUAUGCUUUGGUUUAUGAUUUGUUGCAGCGAAGUUAAAUGAAAUGUACAGUACAAUGUACAUGCAGAAUAUAUCAUUCAAUGAAGCAGUUCUAAUAUGAAAUUGGAAUCUGAAUUAUCCCCACCUGGGAUGCACUUGGGGUCAAAAUCAACCAUGGAUAUUUUAUUCCCAUUGAAUAUUUUUCAUUCAUGGCCCAAAGGAUACAGUGUCUCACCUUGAAUUUUCCCGGUAAUCUCAAUGAUCAGCUCAUUCCUGCCCUAGACUGACCAUUUGAGUGAUUUGGCCUUUUGGACAGAUUAUCCUACAUGUACCAAAAGACUGAGGACAUGAACAUGAUCGCCAAGACUACAGGGUAUCACUGUAAAGGACAAACCGAGUAUGAAUUCGGUUAGAUGAGUCCCUGUUUUUCUUAAUUGAUUACCAAAGUCAUCAAGGAGAACCCUAAAUAACAUUUCUUGUCUCUGUUGCCUUUAUGUGUAAAAGAGUUAUGAAAAAUUGUUCGUUUUUCUGCGGGUGACUCGCAUUGAAAAUGGUUUAAAAUCCAAGCUGAAUAAGAAGUGAAUGCAAAACCAAACAAUGUUGAAAUUUUCUUUAUUGUCUUCCACUUGCAACCUUUUCAUUUAGCCAAAUCCCGGCUUAGGUUUCCUGCCAGUUUUGUAACCCCCCCACUGACCACAUCACAGGCUAUGUUAGUUGGUUUCUUUUCUGUAUAUACAGUGUAUAACAAUAGCAUGCAAAAUUAUUUUACUUUCUUUGUCUGUUGGAUUGUGGAGCAUAUUUACGCAUAAUGGAGUUAUGAUAUUUGAUUUAGUUCGUAAUAUUUGUGUAUUUAUGUUAAAGUAUAUGCUUCAAAAUGAAGAUAAUAUUUAUGCUUUUCUAAUCUGUUAUAAGGUAGCUGUUACUGUUUAUAUAGACAUUGCUAAGGUAGCUAUUGUGGAUCAAUCCAGCAAGUCAGAUUUAAUAAUCACAGCUUUUAACGUAACCGUAUGUUCCCUUACCAAUUCAAAAUGCUAUAUUUCUUUCUAAAAUGAUUUUACACCGUUAUAUCGUUGUAUGUUCAUUUGGAAAAAGUGCUGUAUUGUUUUAAUGUUACUGUGUUCAAUUUUGAAAUUCUUUUAAGGGUCGUAUAUAUCGCAGUUAAUUAUGGUAACCAAAGGAAGAUGUAUGCACUUUUAACUUGGACUCUACUGCUUGACCUUCCAUAUGAAGGAAAAGUCAUCGUUGCUACACUUGAUUCAGUGAGUUUUUAUUUCCCUGUGUGUUAUGCCAGUUUUUAAGACUAUGCUCAUAGCGUAUUGCCAUGCUUGACUCUUUUUAUUUUCUAAAACGUUAUUCUUUAAAGGAAUUAUAUUUUCCUUUUUGUGGCUUCUUUUAUCCUUAAACAAUUAGACUGUCUGCUUUUGAGUAGAUACACUACCACUUGAAUUGCUUGUAUUGCACUUGUAUUGAUUUGUAUUAUUUUGUAUUAUUCAAAAGCUCUCUACUAUUUUCUAGGUAAAGGAUAUGGAUGAUUAACACCUUGAAUUAAAUGUACAUGUAAACACUA